GUACCUUCGUACGACUCAUUAGGCCGCUUCAUAUAUGCAACGCGCACGAUUUGUCUGACACCAGUUCGAACAUCGCCGUGUUCGCGUAGUUUUGGUUUUGUGUGAUGGAGUUUGUAUCGUUCCGAACGUCUCAACUUUUUUUCUGAAAGCGUUUCUUUUCAUCGACAAUCAAAUAAUAUAACAAAUAACAUUACACGAGAACCUCACACGAUUGUAUACUUGGGAACUCAGUUUAGUAAAAAAAAAAAAUUGUACCGUAUAAUCRCAACAGUCGAUUUUCGUCGGGUUUUCUACCGGCGAUACAAUAUGAACGCCUUGGCGACGAUCUUUGUCGUUUCGGCAACAAUCCUUUCAGCCGUGAGACUGGCCCGAUGCCAAGUAGAUCAGGUGGACAACAAGUACUUGGAUCCCAAUGAUUAUUUUCUGGCCGGCGGAGAUCUACAAGACCGCCGUCGUAUCCUGCAGGACGCAUUCAACAGGUACUCGGUGCAACAACAACAACAGGAGAAUCAGCAAUCGCGGACUGGUUUCGAUGGGAUAUUCCAACAGCGACAGCAGCAGCCACAACAGCAGCCAGGGUUCCAGAGGGGUGGCCGGAAGUUCACUACCGACGAACCAGAACAGAAUUUCGAGACUUCCGGUAGGUUCACGUCCCGGACCGAUCCACGGGUGUCACCUAUACCAACACCCCCGAUUCAACAGGGACCGUUGACGUUGUCCAACAGCAAUAUCCGGCAAUUACUGCAACAGCUCGACGUGGCCGGAUCGCAACAGUGCAACCUUAACGUGCAGGCGCAAUGGGAUUUCGAGACUAACGUCAACGAAGGAACGCAAAUAAGAGCGUUGGAGCAACAGCUGUUGUAUUCAGAAUUCCAACGAAAAGUGUUUUCUAUAAUGACAAGAUUGAACCUAGACAAUGUCAUCGAUCCCAACCUAAGAAGGCAACUUAAGUUUUUGUCAAUGCCAGGACCUGCUGCUCUACCACAAGAACAACUGAGUCGGUACAACCGUCUUAUAAAUGACAUGUUAGCUGUUUAUAAUAGCGCUUCUAUUUGCGCUUUUGACGAACCGUUGAAAUGUGGUCUCAGACUAGACCCAGAUUUGAAUAUGAUAAUGUCUCGAAGUCGAGAUUGGAAUGAACUACAACACACUUGGAUAGAAUGGAGAAGAAGAACAGGACAAAAAGUCAGAGAUAUGUUUGAACAGCUAGUAGAUGUUAGCAAUCAAGCAGCUCUUUUAAACAAUGUAUCAGAUGCGUCUGAAAUGUGGAAAUUUCCCUACGAAUCACCUUCGAUGAGGUUCGAAUUGGAAGACGCUUGGGAACAAAUAAAACCUCUAUACGAACAACUCCAUGCCUACGUCAGAAAGAAGUUACGCGAUUUAUAUGGGCCCGAGAGAAUAAGUCGAGAAGCGCCGUUGCCCGCUCAUGUCUUAGGAAACAUGUGGGGCCAGUCUUGGGAAAAUAUUUUAGACUUGACCAUACCAUAUCCGGGAAAAAAUUAUUUGGAUGUCACACCACAAAUGAUCAAACAGGGAUACACACCAGCUGCAAUGUUUAGAGUGGCGGAAGAAUUUUUCAUAUCGUUAAACAUGAGUUCAAUGCCUCAAUCUUUCUGGGCCAAUUCAGUCGUAGAGGAACUUCCAGGACAGCCUAUAAUUUGUCAACCUUCUGCUUGGGAUUUUUGCAACAGACAAGAUUAUAGAAUUAAAAUGUGCACCCAAGUUAAUAUGAAAGAUUUUAUCACUGUUCAUCAUGAAAUGGCUCAUGUACAAUAUUUUUUGAAUUACAAAAAACAACCUAAGGUGUAUCGCGAUGGUGCUAAUCCAGGAUUCCACGAAGCUCUAAGCGAGGCAAUAUCGCUCUCUGUGUCAACGCCAAAGCAUUUACAAACGUUGGGAUUGAUAUUGAACUCUGUUGAUGACAUUCCCCAUAACAUAAACUAUUUGUUUGGAUUGGCGAUGGACAAGCUUACAUUUUUGCCUUUCAGCUUGGCACUCGACUUAUGGCGGUGGGAUAUAUUCAAAGGGACUACGCAUAAAGAAAGAUACAACUGUCAUUGGUGGGACUUACGCGAACGACUUGGCGGUGUCAAGCCUCCAGUACUUCGGUCCGAAACAGAUUUCGAUCCAGGUUCAAAAUAUCACGUGCCCGCCAACAUUCCCUAUAUUGGGUAUUAUUUCGGAACGGUCCUACAGUUCCAAAUUCACAAGGCGAUGUGCUUGGCGUCCGGGCAGUACAGACCUAACGACCCGAACAAAUUGUUACACAAAUGCGACAUUUACCGGAGCAAGGAGGCAGGCGCCAUUGUAAAGAAAAUCAUGGAAUCCGGAUCAUCCGAAAAUUGGAGAGAUACUUUAUCACUAGCAAUUGGGGAGAAUAAACUUGACGGUACAGCUCUAAGAGAAUUUUUCCAACCACUCGARGAAUGGUUACGAAAUGAAAACCUCAGGACAGGCCAGUUUAUUGGAUGGAAUUAUGAUGGAGAUUACUGUAAGCAUAGUAUUGAAACGGCUAAUCUACAGGUUUAUGGAGGAUUUUACAAUGGAGCUAAUUCUUCAGUAACGUCAACCUUAAUGUUAAUAUCUUUACUAUCAACAUUGUUAAUAUGCAUCAAUGGAUAUUUAAUUUAAUGAAUUUUAAAUUAAAAAAUGUUGUACAAAAUUAUAUUAAUAUUAAACAUUCAUGCUUACAAUUGGCAUKAURUUACUCAAAAAAUAUACCUAGUGGCACUAAAGUUUCAGUAAAUUAAUUUUUCUUAAUAUUCUUUCAUUAUAUUUUUGGUUUAUCAAUUUAAAAUUACAACUUACCUA